UUCCUGUCACGAGCGCUGAGGAAGCUGGGAGUGUGUGUCCAGCGUGUCACAGUAAUCCCUGACCAGCAGGAGGUCAUCUCGAAGGAGGUGGCCCUCCUGGCCCCACAGUACACACACCUGCUCACCUCUGGGGGAAUAGGCCCCACCCACGAUGACGUCACCUUUGAGAGCGUUGCCAUGGCAUUCGAGGAGGAGCUGCAUGCCCACCCGGAGCUGACCCGUUUGGUGGAGGAGUUCUUUGGGGUGGUGGAUAGGGAGAGUGCAGCCAUGAAGCUAGCCAUGGUCCCCCGCUCGGCCAAGCUCAACUACGGCACUGACCCUCAGACUGGACAGCCACUACGCUACCCACUGGUGAGUGUGCGUAACGUCUACAUCUUCCCUGGGAUCCCGUCUCUGUUGGAGAGAGCCUUCAACGGUCUGGAGCACCUGUUCGCUGGCUCAGGGACCACCUUCCACACACGAGAGGUGACCAACCGUCUGGCUCCACUACAAUACAUUCGACAGGACGUUUUCAAUAUGUAGACAAACGUCGCAUGA